AUGGACUCCAGUGUGGCAAUAACGCGUUGUCUCGAGGACGAGAUCGCGGGAAAGUCAUGGAGUGGGCUUUAUCCGCCUGACCAGGUUGAUAUCAUUCGUGAUAUCUUUGAAAACCUGGACACAUUGCACGACCAUGCUGUCGGCUGGAGAGUUCUGUGGAGGAAACGAGAUGCUGGGCCGGAGAUCCGGAAGGCGGAUGAGCUCGCCAGUACCGGAUCGCGGCACUGCGUGUCACAGGUCGACCGUGACGAGCAGCACCAAGGUCAACACGAAGACCUGGCGGAGUGGUGCCCGAUCCAGGCAUGGAGACCAAAUCCUACUCUCGCCUCCAAGUUGGCGGUCCUCCGGGCAAUGCCUUCCCUCACGGGUUGGCUCAUCAGCUCAUCGUCCAACCCUCAAGCCGGUCCUUUCAUCAAGAGCACACCUCCAGUCACUCCUUCGAUAACUGCGAUCCUCUACCAGGGUCACAUCGUUCGCAUCACAAGCUCAGCCUCAGUCCCUGGUCAAGAAGCGAUUUCUGGUCUUUUCUCCAGCACUCACAACGCCAAUGCCCGACUAGGUCCACAAGGUCCGAGCCAUACUUCCGACCAGAUCACGCAAUCCAGAUCUUUCCUCUGA